AUGGAGGCGGACCGAGCACCCUCAAAUGAGGACGACAAGCUGAAGCCGGCCGACGAGCGGCACGGCACGGUCUUUGACGACUGCUCCGAUGGCAGCGACGAGGACUGCAAGCCGGUAGAGGUCGUCUUUGAUCCCGCGAACCCAUAUAGACGAAAAUCGUCCCUCGUAUCAUCCGAGUACCCGCCGCGAGCGGCCAUAGCCGUGCAGCGCAGACAGGGGAUGGUGCAGCAGUACCUCGAGAGCCAGCGACACGGCAGCGAACCGGCGAAGUCAUACCGGGCGCAUCCGAUCCUCGGCAGCGCCAGCCCCCAGAUUGAGGGAUUAUCCACGCUCACGCCGCCACCGCCGUUGUCUGCCGCUCCCGGGAGCGCGUCGCCCGGCGGCCUCACGGAGCGUCGCCACUCCCGCGCGGUCGUCGACCCGACGAGCCUCGAUAGCGGCGAGAUCGGCCAGGCCGACCAGCAGGACUGGGCGCGCGAGAUGCUGCGCAGCGCGUCCGAGGUCGACCUGCAGCAGCACCACAACCACCGCCAACAGCAGCCGCCGACGGGCGAGGCGCCGUCGCGCAUGUUCACCAAGAAGCAGCUCAGCGACAUGGCCUGGGGCGUGCGCGAGCUGAGCCGGCGGCUCAGCAGCAUGCGCAUCCGCGUGCGCGUCAAGUCGAUCCUGAUCCUGACCAAGCUGCACGACCAGGACCUGAUCCCCACCACGCGGGAGCUGGCGGCGUGGCUGCUGAGCGCGCAGCGCAGCGUCCGGUACGUCGUGUACGUCCAGGACAAGCUGCGGGAGAGCAAGAAGUUUCACGCGGAGAGCCUCGUCGCCGACGUCGCGGCCGAGGACCCGAGCCUGGACGCGGACGAGGUCCGGAGGCGGCUGCGGUCGUGGGACGAGGACAUGUGCCGCACGCGGCCGCACGUGUUCGACUUCGUCAUCACGCUCGGCGGCGACGGCACGGUGCUGUACGCGAGCUGGCUGUUCCAGCGCAUCGUGCCGCCGGUGCUGAGCUUCGCGCUCGGCAGCCUCGGCUUCCUGACCAAGUUUGACUUUGAGGAGUACGCGCCGACGCUGACGUCGGCGUUUACGAGGGGCGUCACGGUGAGCCUGCGGCUGCGGUUCGAGAGCACGGUGAUGCGCAGCAUCCGGCGGCGGAAGACGGUGGGCGGGCGGUUGGACGGGCUAAAGAUUAGCGAGAACAGCACCACGACGAGCGAGGAGGAGGAGGACGAGGAGAUGAUGCACAAGAAGCGGGAUCUGGUGGAGGAGCUGAUUGGCGAGGAGAGGGAGGACGCGCACACGCACCGGCCGGACGGGACGUAUGAGAUUUUGAAUGAAGUGGUCGUGGAUCGGGGGCCAAACCCGACCAUGUCUUUCACGGAGCUGUUUGGCGACGACGAGCACUUCACGUCGAUCCUGGCCGACGGCAUCUGCGUGUCGACGCCGACGGGCUCGACGGCGUACAACCUGGCCGCCGGCGGGUCGCUGUGCCACCCGGAGAACCCGGUGAUGCUGGUGACGUCGGUGUGCGCGCACACGCUGUCGUUCCGGCCGAUCAUCCUGCCGGACACGAUCGUGCUGCGGGUGGGCGUGCCGUACGCGGCGCGGACGUCGUCGUGGGCGAGCUUCGACGGGCGCGAGCGCGUGGAGCUGAAGCCGGGCGACUACGUGACCAUCAGCGCGAGCCGCUACCCGUUUGCUUCGGUGCAGGCGGAGGGAAGGCGCAGCGAGGACUGGGUGAAUAGUAUUAGUGGUAAGCUCGGGUGGAACACGCGGCAGAAGCAAAAGGAGUUCAAGGAGUGGAAGAAACCGACCCCCGAUCGCCUUCCUCCUCCAUUCGCAUCCCGCUUCAAAGUGUUCCUCACCGAGCGAAUUGCGCCCGUAUCUGCCCAACAUGAGCUCGCCCACCACCGCCGGUGCCCCCGGCGCCUCCUCCCUGCCGCCCGACCUCUUCGACACCGCCACGCUCCUCUCCUCGCCUUUGCCGGCAGCAUCGUCCUCUUCGCCUACCUCGCCUCCCGCCGCUUCCUCGCCCCCUCCACCUCCACCGCCCUGCGCUUCCUCUUCGUGUGGCACCUCGCCGACGCGCUGUGCCAUUUCAUCCUCGAAGGCAGCUUCCUGUACCACUGCUUCUUCUCCUUUGUCGAGUCUUCCACUCCCGGGCUGGUGCCCGGCGCGUUCAACUACCUGGGCCACGGCGCGGAGAGGACGUACGGCCCGCAGAGCGGGGGUGACAACGCGCUGGCGCAGCUGUGGAUGGUGUACGCACGCGCGGAUAGGCGCUGGGCGGGGGCGGACUUGGGCGUGGUGAGCUUGGAGCUGUUGACGGUGUUUUUUGAUGGCCCGGUGGCGUUGUAUGUGGCGUGGCUGAUCGCGAGGAGGGACUCGAGGGCGAGCUUCUGGAUGACUGUGCUGGCGACGUGCGAGCUGUACGGCGGCUUCAUGACGUUUUGCCCCGAGUGGCUCGUCGGCAACGUGAACCUGGACGGCAGCAACUUCAUGUACAUGUGGGUGUACCUCGUCUUCUUCAACAUGCUGUGGGUGUUCAUCCCGCUGUACGCCCUGUGGUACUCGUACUGCGACUUUACCCACGCCUUUGCGGUUCGGACGGCGAAGAAGGGACAGUAA